UGCCAUUCAAACGCUUCUUAUGAGUUUAGUGAACGUUUGUUUUCCCAUACUUCGUAAUCUGUGCCAGUAUGAUGUUAUCUUUGUUAGUUUAUUUUUAAAAUAUUUUGCUCUCACCCUACUCACAGCUCACAAAAUAGAUUCCCAGAUGCAGCAGGAUACUAAUCAUUAUUUAAAAGAGAAAAAAAGACAACAGCUAAUGAUUCAUCAUUUUCUAAUGAAUGUAAUUGCCAGGAAUAUUGAUUUUCUUAUGAAAAAAAAUAUUUGGGAUGUGCCAAUGGGAAUUAAUUGAACAUCAUGGAUUGCAUCAUACAACUGGUCAGGAAGUGUGACACAUCUACAGAAUUAUGAUAGGAAGCCUUUGGAUAGAAUCCUUCAUCUAUUGAAUGAGGAACCAUGGACAAAGAAACAAUCUUUUCUUUUACGUCUCGGGUUCCCUUGGCGCCCCGCGUUACACUUGUUUGGACUUUAUGACGUGAAGGAAAACUGCGCAUGUAUUUUCCGUCGUUCAAGAUAACAACGUCGAUAACAUCCGACCGAAGUAUGUAUACAUAGAAGAUAGAGGCAUGUAAAUGACAUUGACUUUAUGGAAGGGAAAUUCACGAAUGUGCAUGGCCCCUGGAGCUGGUUUUCCCAACUUGAAUUGGUGAUGACUAUGACAGCCACGCCUCUAUCUACGAUUCGUCCAACCAAGUAUCUAGGGGUUUUCACGGACAAUGAGAACGGCGCGUGCACAUCUUUUGGGGAAAUCCAAAUAACCCUUGUAGCAGAACGAUCUGCUCAACUUUGGUACACGUCCAGUUGGUGAACCAAUGGAAACACAAGAGGUCUUUGCUGAUAAGAUCAUUCAGGAUGCUGAAAAACGCAACUCUAUUGUCUCGUCGCAUUCUUCUGUCUCCAAUUGCUGGGCAAGAUGUCAGGCAAAUGACCACAGCCGUCGAACUGGCUCGUCAGAGGAGAUCCCUGCAGGGUAGAGUAGCUGUUAUUACAGCAUCAACUGACGGAAUUGGAUUUGCCAUGGCACAGCGUUUGGCAGCAGAUGGAGCUCAUGUUGUGAUUAGCAGUCGUAACCAGAAAAAUGUCGAUGCUGCGCUCGAGAAACUGAAAAAUGAAGGUCUGUCUGCCAGUGGAAUGGUUUGUCACGCGGGUGUCAAGGAAGACCGUCACAGGUUGAUUGAGUCGACAGCCGCUGAAUUUGGUGGAUUUGAUAUUCUGAUAUCCAACGCUGCCGUUAAUCCGGAUUCCGGACGUCUUUUAAAGUGCACCGAACAAGUUUGGGACAAGAUCUUUGACGUCAACGUCAAGGCUUCGUUUUUCCUAGCCAAGGAAGCUAUUCCUCACAUGGAGAAGAGAGGAAAAGGAUCAAUCAUUUUCAUUUCUUCCAUUGGCGGCUAUCUCCCGAAUUUCGCUAUUGACUUUACUGGAGCUUACGCUUUGAGCAAAACUGCUCUACUGGGUGUAACCAAAUUGUUGUCGAUGGAAUUGGGUACCAGAGGAAUUCGCGUUAAUUCUAUUUGCCCUGGUCUCAUUGAAACCCGAUUCGGCGAUGUGAUUACCAACGACAAGAGGACCCCAACACUCAUGUAUCACAACUGCCCAAUGCGAAGAAACGGAAAACCCGAAGAAAUGGCGGGCUUAGCUGCUUUUUUGGCAUCGGAUGACGCGUCGUACAUUACCGGAAGCAACAUUGUUGCUGCUGGAGGAAUGCAAUCCAAUUUCUAACCGCCUCUAUUUUUCGUUGUAUCAUUCCACAUGUUCGAUUUAUUAUUAUUUGCCAGACUUUAAACAUUUCCGUGAAGUUUUGUGAGCAAAUUAAGACUCAAGAGAAUAAAGUAUCUUUCUUCAA